AUGGAAAACCUAAUUCUAAGUGUGAUUCAAUCAACUCAAAGAAUUCAAGUUUCGGUUGAACCUGAUAUUCAAGAUGCAACAAUGGAGGACGUUCUCAACAAUUGUAUAGAAAACAAUGCUUUGGCACAAGAACGUGAAGAAGAAGAGCCCAACUUGGUAAAACCCAAAGUAAAUAAGCCCAUAAUAUUCCUACCCUUUCAACAUUCACGUGAAAAAAAAAAUCAAAGCUUCCAAACCCUCCUUAUUCUUUCUUCUUCACGUGAAUUAGAAAAACCUCCAAACCCUGCUUCCUUCACCUUUGCUUGCUGCUUAACCAUCGGCCACCAGCGCAUCAACCACCUCGCAGCCGCCGCACCACCGCAGUCGCUGCAUCGUCAAGGAAUCCACGCUGCGCCGCCCAUCAAUCCUCCCUUCCUCUUCGUUUCUUCCUCUCUGGUCACCAGCAACAACCCCCACCGUUCGACCACCGAACGCGACCACCUUCUCUGUGCCCAGCCGCCACCGCGGCCAUCCACGACCACCCUUCCUCCUCCACGCCGCCGCCACGUCGCUGACCACCAGCUCUCACGACCACCUUGCUCGCCAGCCCCCGCGUCGCCGCCCAGCCUGCGCCGCCGCUGCCGUGCCCCUGCUCGCCGACAGUCUCUCUCCUCCUCUCCUUAUUCUUGGCGGAGAAUUCUCUUUAGGCGACUUUUGAAAGUGUUAAAGUGGCCUAUCAGUUUGUUUACACAAGGUUAUUUCAGAAGAGAGAGAAUUGUCGGGGUGUUACAUUUAGUAAUUGCAAUAACAGAACCGGAUCAAGAUAUUGUUGGAACGCUGAUGGGAUACACUGCCGAAACAGUGGAGGAACUUCUAGGUUUACGAAAAAACAUGCUAGUGCGGUUGGAUUUUCCAUAAGGAAAGGAAACACGAGAUUCAAAGUUGGGACAACAAUCGUGCUUGAAAAGACAUAUCUUUGUUCAGCAGCAGGAGUAACAAACAUUGGAAAGAACAAAAAGAAAAAAGUGCAAACAGUCGUUCCUGUAGUGCCCAAAAAAGAGAGAAAACCAAGGCAAGUUCCAAUCACGAGAACUCGAUGUAGGGCUUGCUUGAGAGUGAAAAUGAAUUCUGAAGGCAGAUAUGAGGUUGUUAAUCACGUGAUAAUGCACAACCAUGAUUUAACUAGAAGUCAAUGGCACUACUUGCAUAGAUCUGAAAGGAAAAUAACGGAAGAGAAGGGGGAGGCAAUUGAAACUAUGCAAAAAAUCUGGUCUGUCAUCCACGGCUUCUUUUAACUACAUGGCAAUUGAAGCUGGAGGUGAAGAAAAUUUAGGACACUCGAAGAAAGACCAUCUAAAUUACUGCACGAGGUUAAGAAUGAAGCAAAUAGAAGGAGGUGAUGCACAAGCAGUAACUGACAUAAUGUAUUUAGAGCUUGAAGGUGACCCAAACUUCUUUUUUAGAUUUAGAUUGGAUGAAAAAGGCAAAUUGAGGAGUUUGUUUUGGAGGGACUCUAUGAUGAUGGAAGA